AGGGCUGAGGCUAGCCCAGGAUGGCUGCAGCUUCAUAUGAUCAGCUGUUAAAGCAGGUUGAGGCAUUGAAGAUGGAGAACUCUAACCUUCGGCAAGAGCUAGAGGAUAACUCAAAUCACCUAACAAAACUGGAAACUGAGGCAUCUAAUAUGAAGGAGGUGCUGAAACAGCUACAAGGAAGUAUUGAAGAUGAGGCAGUGGCAUCUUCUGGACAAAUUGACUUACUGGAACGACUUAAAGAACUGAACUUGGAAAGUACCAACAACCCUGGAGUGAGGUUACGGCCAAAGGUGUCUGUGCGUUCGUCGGGGAGCCGGGAAGGGUCUGUGUCAAGCCGUUCAGGAGAGUGCAGUCCUGUUCCUAUGGGAUCAUUUCCAAGAAGAGGAUUUAUGAAUGGAAGCAGAGAAAGCACUGGUUAUUUAGAAGAGCUAGAAAAGGAGAGAUCUCUUUUGCUUGCGGAGCUUGAGAAGGAAGAGAAAGAGAAGGACUGGUAUUACGCCCAGCUUCAGAACUUGACUAAAAGGAUUGAUAGUCUCCCCCUUACUGAAAAUUUCUCCUUGCAAACAGAUAUGACCAGAAGGCAGUUGGAGUAUGAGGCAAGGCAAAUCAGAGCUGCAAUGGAAGAACAGCUAGGUACUUGUCAGGACAUGGAGAAGCGAGCACAGGCAAGGGUGGCAAGAAUUCAGCAAAUAGAGAAGGACAUUCUCCGUAUACGACAACUUCUACAAUCACAAGCAGCUGAAGCAGAGAGAGCACCCCAAACCAAGCAUGAUGCAGGUUCCCAUGAAAGAGAGAGGCAGAAUGAAGGUCAAGGAGCAGCAGAAAUCAGCGUGGCAACUAGCAGUACUGUUCAGGGUUCUGCUGCACGAAUGGACCACGAGACCACCAGUGUUAUGAGCUCUAGUAAUAACUAUCCUGUUCCUCGCAGACUGACAAGUCAUCUGGGUACCAAGGUGGAAAUGGUGUAUUCUUUGUUAUCAAUGCUUGGUACUCAUGAUAAAGAUGACAUGUCAAGAACAUUGCUAGCAAUGUCUAGCUCACAGGACAGCUGCAUAGCCAUGCGUCAGUCUGGAUGUCUUCCUCUCCUCAUCCAGCUUUUACAUGGCAACGAUAAAGACUCUGUCUUGUUAGGAAACUCUCGUGGUAGUAAAGAGGCCCGUGCCAGAGCCAGCGCAGCACUGCAUAACAUCAUUCACUCCCAACCUGAUGAUAAGCGAGGCAGACGGGAAAUUCGCGUGCUCCAUCUUUUGGAGCAGAUCCGUGCUUACUGUGAAACGUGUUGGGAAUGGCAGGAAGCACAUGAACAAGGAAUGGACCAAGACAAAAACCCAAUGCCUGCUCCAGUCGAUCAUCAGAUCUGUCCUGCAGUGUGUGUUUUGAUGAAACUUUCAUUUGAUGAAGAACACAGGCAUGCAAUGAAUGAGCUUGGUAAGACCAAAUGUAUUCCUCUGACUUCCUGUGAGGAGAUUGCUGGAAAUGGAGGUUUGCAGGCCAUUGCUGAACUGCUGCAAGUGGAUUGUGAAAUGUAUGGGCUUACAAGUGAUCACUAUAGUAUUACCUUAAGGAGGUAUGCUGGAAUGGCGCUGACAAACUUGACAUUUGGAGAUGUGGCAAACAAGGCUACAUUAUGUUCCAUGAAGGGCUGCAUGAGAGCUCUCGUAGCCCAACUGAAAUCUGAAAGUGAAGACUUACAGCAGGUCAUUGCAAGUGUGUUAAGGAACUUGUCGUGGCGAGCAGAUGUAAACAGCAAGAAGACUCUAAGAGAAGUUGGAAGUGUGAAAGCAUUGAUGGAAUGCGCUUUAGAAGUUAAGAAGGAAUCCACCCUAAAAAGUGUUCUGAGUGCCUUAUGGAAUUUGUCAGCACACUGUACUGGGAACAAAGCUGAUAUAUGUGCUGUUGAUGGUGCUCUUGCAUUUUUAGUUAGCACACUGACAUACCGGAGCCAAACAAACACUUUAGCUAUCAUAGAAAGCGGAGGAGGAAUAUUAAGAAAUGUUUCUAGCUUAAUUGCUACUAAUGAGGACCACAGGCAAAUCCUGAGAGAGAACAGCUGCUUACAAACAUUGUUACAACAUUUGAAGUCACACAGUUUGACAAUAGUCAGUAAUGCAUGUGGGACCUUGUGGAAUCUUUCUGCAAGGAAUGCAAAAGAUCAGGAAGCACUGUGGGACAUGGGAGCCGUAAGCAUGCUGAAAAAUCUCAUUCACUCCAAGCACAAAAUGAUAGCCAUGGGUAGUGCUGCCGCAUUAAGAAAUCUCAUGGCAAACAGGCCAGCAAAAUAUAAGGAUGCCAACAUUAUGUCUCCAGGAUCAAGCUUACCGUCUCUUCAUGUCAGAAAACAAAAGGCACUGGAAGCAGAAUUAGAUGCUCAGCAUUUAUCGGAGACUUUUGACAACAUAGAUAAUUUAAGCCCAAAAGCAUCUCACCGUAAUAAGCAGAGACAUAAGCAAAAUAUAUACAGUGAGUAUGUAUUGGACUCAAGUCGGCAUGAUGAUGGUGUAUAUAGAUCAGAGAGUUUUAAUGCUAAUAAUGUGUCUGUACUUUCACCAUAUUUAAAUACUACAGUAUUGCCUGGCUCCUCCUCUUCCAGUAGAGGAAACAUAGAAAAUCCUCGAGCCGAGAAAGACAGAAGUCUCGACAGGGAGCGAGCAGUAGGCUUAAAUACCUAUCAUCCAGCUCCAGAGAAUGCUGGGAAUUCCUCUAAGAGAAUGGGAAUGCAGAUUUCUAUUGCUGCAGCUCAGAUCACCAAAGUUAUGGAAGAAGUGACAACAAGUGUGCAUAUUCCACAAGAAGACAAAAGUUCUGUUUCCACUUCUGAAAUGCACUGUUUGACAGAAGAUAGAAAUGCCCCGAGGAGAUCAACCACUGCUCAUACUCACUCAAAUACAUACUUCCCUAAAUCUGAGAAUUCAAACAGGACAUGUCCUGUGCCAUAUGCAAAAAUGGAAUACAAGAGAGCUUCAAAUGAUAGUUUAAAUAGUGUCAGCAGUAGUGAUGGCUAUGGUAAAAGAGGCCAAAUGAAACCUUCUGUUGAAUCUUACUCUGAAGAUGAUGAAAGUAAAUUUUGUAGUUAUGGUAAAUAUCCAGCUGACCUGGCACAUAAGAUUCAUAGUGCAAACCAUAUGGAUGACAAUGAUGGAGAGCUAGACACUCCUAUUAAUUACAGUCUUAAAUACUCAGAUGAACAGUUGAAUUCUGGAAGGCAGAGUCCCUCUCAGAAUGAAAGAUGGACAAGGCCUAAGCAUAUAGUAGAUGAUGAAAUGAAGCAAAAUGAACAAAGGCAGUCAAGGAGCCAAAAUGCAGCCUACCCUGUGUACACUGAAAGUGGAGAUGAUAAACACAUGAAAUAUCAGUCACCUUUUGGACAGCAGGAGUGUGUUUCUUCCUUUAGGUCAAGAGGAUCCAGUGGUUCAGAUCCGAACAGGGUAGGCUCAACUCUUGGAAUAAGUCAGAAAGUAAACCAGUCUUUGUGUCAGGUAGAUGAUUAUGAUGAUGAUAAACCAACCAAUUACAGUGAACGUUAUUCUGAGGAGGAGCAACAUGAAGAGGAAGACAGACCAACUGAUUACAGCAUACAGUACAAUGAAGAGGAACAUCAUGUUGAUCAGCCUAUUGAUUAUAGUUUAAAAUACUCAACAGAAGUUCCUCCUUCUCAGAAGCCAUCUUUUACUUUUCCAAAGACUUCUUCAGUGCAGCACAGUAAAUCUGACCAUAUUUCCUCAAGCAGUGGGAGCACAUCAGCCCCCUCAGCUUGCUCAAAGAGACAGAACCAGCUUCACCCAAAUUCUGCACAGAGCAGAGGUGGUCAUGCACAAAAGACUGCCUCCUGUAAAACUCCCUCUAUUAAUCAGGAAACUAUACAAACCUACUGCGUGGAAGAUACCCCAAUAUGUUUUUCAAGAUGUAGUUCUUUGUCGUCUUUGUCAUCAGCUGAAGAUGAAAUAGGACGUGAUCAAUCCACACGUGUGACAGAAGCUAGUAACACAUUACAGAUAUCAGAACUGAAGGAAAACAGUGGGGCUUUAUCUGCAGGGGGUGCAGUAAAUGAAAGCUCAUCAACAUCGCAAAAUAUCAGAACAAAAUCUAGUAGACUUCAGACUUCCAGUUUGUCUCCUUCUGACUCUGCUAGACAUAAAGUUGAAUUUUCUUCAGGUGCCAAAUCUCCCUCAAAGAGUGGUGCACAGACUCCUAAAAGCCCACCAGAACAUUAUGUGCAGGAAACACCACUCAUGUUCAGUAGAUGUACUUCUGUAAGUUCCCUUGAUAGCUUUGAAAGCCGUUCAAUUGCUAGUUCAGUUCAAAGUGAGCCUUGCAGUGGAAUAGUAAGUGGUAUUAUAAGUCCCAGUGACCUUCCAGACAGCCCUGGACAAACAAUGCCUCCAAGCAGAAGUAAAACACCACCUCCUGCUCAGGGAGUUCAAGGGAAAAGAGAUGUAGCUAAAGGCAAAAUACCUAGUGCAGAAAAGAGAGAGCCUGGUCCUAGACAGGCAGCUGUAAAUGCAGCUGUUCAAAGAGUUCAGGUACUGCCAGAUGCUGAUACACUAUUGCAUUUUGCUACAGAAAGCACACCAGACGGCUUUUCUUGCUCUUCUAGCCUGAGUGCUCUGAGUCUUGAUGAGCCAUUUAUACAGAAAGAUGCAGAGCUAAGAAUAAUGCCUCCAGUUCAUGAAAAUGAGCAUGGAAAUGAAGCAGAACCUGAACAGUCAGAUGAUACAAAGGAUAGUCAAGAGGAGAAAUCAGAGAAGCCUGUUGAGGCAGAAAAAGACAUUCUGGAUGAUUCUGAUGAUGAUAUUGAAAUACUGGAAGCAUGUAUUAUAUCUGCAAUGCCAACAAAGUCUUCACGUAAAGCCAAAAAGCCUUCUCAAGCGUCUGCUCCAAAAAUACCUCCUCCUGUAGCCAGAAAGCCCAGCCAGUUGCCAGUUUACAAACUUUUGCCUUCACAAAGCAGAUUGCAAUCCCAAAAGCACGUGAGUUUUACACCAGGAGAUGAUAUGCCACGGGUAUAUUGUGUUGAGGGCACACCAAUAAACUUCUCAACAGCUACAUCUCUGAGUGAUCUCACAAUAGAAUCACCUCCGAGUGAGUUGGUCAAUGCAGACAGUGUGGGUACAGGAGUGGAGUCUGGGGAAUUUGAAAAUCGAGACACUAUUCCUACAGAAGGUAGAAGUACUGAUGAUUGUCAGACAGCAAAAAAUUCAGUCAUGACUCCCUCAGGCCUGGAUGAUGACAAAACAGAAGAGGGUGAUAUUCUGGCUGAAUGCAUUAACUCAGCUAUGCCAAAAGGAAAAAGUCACAAACCUUUCAGAGUGAAGAAGAUAAUGGAUCAAAUUCAACAGGCAUCUUCAUCUCUAAGUAAUAAAAGCCAACCAGAAGGUGAGAAAAAGAAGCCAACAUCACCAGUAAAGCCUGUACCCCAAAAUGAUGAAUACAGAGCACGUAUAAGAAAAACCACAGAGCCUAAAAGCAGUAUUAAUAAUGAAAGAAGCUAUCCAGAGAACAGAGACACAAAGAAACAGAAUCUUAAAAAUAAUGCAAGAGAUUUUAAUGACAAAUUGCCAAAUAAUGAAGAGCGUGUAAGAGGAAGCUUUUCAUUUGAUUCCCCUCAUCAUUAUACACCUAUUGAGGGAACUCCUUACUGUUUUUCACGGAAUGAUUCUCUGAGUUCUUUAGAUUUUGAUGAUGAUGAUGAUGUUGACCUUUCAAGGGAGAAGGCAGAAUUAAGAAAAGUAAAAGAAACAAAGGAAACAGAAACUAAAGACUGCACUAAUCCAGAACAGUCUUCAAAUCAGCAGCCAAGUAACAGAACACCUGUUUGUCAAAAAAACACAACAGGCAGAAGCCAAGCCAAAACUUUCUCACAGUCAGCUAAAGAGAUUCCAGACAGAGGAGCAGCUACAGAUGAGAAGAUGCAGGAUUUUGCUAUUGAAAACACACCUGUUUGUUUUUCUCGCAAUUCAUCUCUUAGUUCCCUCAGUGAUAUUGAUCAAGAAAACAAUAACAACAAAGAAGGGGAACCUGUAAAAUCUACUGAGGCUCCUGAUUCACAGAUAGAAUCAAAUAGACCACCAACUUCUGGUUAUGCACCUAAAUCAUUUCAUGUGGAAGAUACUCCUGUAUGUUUCUCUAGAAAUAGCUCUCUGAGUUCUCUUAGUAUUGACUCAGAAGAUGACCUUUUGCAGGAAUGCAUAAGUUCUGCUAUGCCUAAAAAGAAAAAACCAUCAAGAAUUAAGAUUGAAAGUGAAAAAAAUAAUUCCAGAAAUACAGGUAGUAUACUGGCAGAAGAUCUAACACUGGAUUUGAGAGAGAUACAGAGGCUGGAUUCAGAACAUGGUUUCUCACCUGAUUCAGAGAACUUUGACUGGAAAGCUAUACAAGAAGGUGCAAAUUCUAUAGUUAGUAGCUUGCAUCAAGCUGCGGCUGCUGCAUCGCUGUCUAGACAAGCUUCAUCAGACUCUGAUUCUAUCCUUUCAUUAAAAUCUGGUAUUUCUUUAGGGUCACCAUUUCAUCUUACCCCAGACCAAGAAGAAAAACCUUUCACUAGUAAUAAAGGUCCAAGAAUUCUUAAGCCAGGAGAGAAGAGUACACUGGAGUCUAAAAAAGCAGAAUCCGAAAGUAGGGGAAUCAAAGGAGGGAAGAAAGUGUAUAAAAGUAUAAUUACAGGAAAAGCUCACUCCAGUUCAGAAGUUUCAAGCCAGUUGAAGCAGCCACAACAGACAAGUGUGCCUUCAAUUUCACGUGGUAGGACAAUGAUUCAUAUUCCAGGAGUUCGAAAUAGUUCUUCAAGUACUAGUCCUGUUUCCAAAAAAGGUCCCCCAUUCAAAAGCACAAACUCCAAGAGUCCCAGUGAAGGCCAAGGUUUGACUAGUUCUCCAAGAGGAGUCAAGUCAUCAGUGAAAUCUGAGCCAGCUCCUGUAACUAGGCAGCCAUCAGGGUUGAACCAGAGUGGGUCAAGUAAAGGGCCUUCUAGAUCAGGAUCUAGAGAUUCUACUCCUUCUAGACCUCAACAGCAGCCAUUAAGUAGGCCUCUGCAGUCUCCAGGCCGAAACUCUAUUUCCCCAGGAAGAAAUGGUAUAAGUCCUCCCAACAAACUGUCACAGUUGCCAAGGACAUCAUCUCCUAGCACAGCUUCCACUAAAUCUUCAAGUUCAAGUAGAAUGUCAUAUACAUCACCAGGCAGGCAGAUGAGCCAGCAAAACCUUACAAAGCAAACUGCCUUACCUAAGAGUACCAGUAGCAUUCCACGAAGUGAGUCCACUUCAAAGGGGUUAAACCAAGCUCUCAACAGUGGAGGAUCAAACAGAAAGACUGACUUAUCCAGAAUGUCAUCUACAAAAUCAAGUGGAAGUGAGUCUGACAGAUCUGAGAGACCUGUUCUUGUUCGUCAGUCAACUUUUAUUAAAGAAGCUCCAAGCCCGACCCUGAGGCGGAAAUUAGAAGAGUCAGCCUCAUUUGAAUCUCUGUCUCCUUCCAGGCCAGAUUCUCCCACAAGGUCCCAACUACAGACCCCAGUUUUAAGUCCAUCUCUUCCUGAUAUGUCUUCAUCCACUCAUGCAACUGCCCAGGCUAGUGGUUGGCGAAAAUUACCCCCUAAUAUGAGCCCUUCUACAGAAUAUGAUGGGAGACAAGCAAAACGUCAUGAUAUAGCUCGUUCUCAUUCUGAGAGUCCAUCUAGAUUGUUGAUCAGUAGGUCAGGAACAUGGAAGCGUGAGCAUAGUAAGCAUUCCUCAUCACUUCCUCGUGUAAGCACUUGGCGAAGAACAGGAAGUUCCUCCUCAAUUUUGUCAGCUUCGUCAGAAUCCAGUGAAAAGGCAAAAAGUGAAGAUGAAAAACAACAUGUAAGUUCUCUUUCUGGACACAAGCAAUGUAAAGAAAGCCAAGCACCAACAAAAGGUACUUGGAGAAAAAUAAAAGAAAGCGAAAUUCCUCAGAUAAUGAAUGAUCCUCAGCAUUCUUCCUCAGGUGCCACAAGUGGCUCUGAUUCCAAAAGUCUUAUCUAUCAGAUGGCACCAGCUGUCUCUAAGACUGAGGAUGUGUGGGUAAGGAUAGAGGACUGCCCAAUUAACAAUCCUCGAUCUGGAAGGUCCCCAACUGGAAAUACUCCUCCUGUUAUUGACAGCGUUUUGGAGAAAGGGGGUGUGAGUGGUAAAGAUUCUAAAGAGAUUCAAGAAAAACAGACCCCAGGGAAUGGAGCUGUUCCAGUUCGUACCAUUGGUUUAGAAAACCGUCUGAACUCUUUCUUUCAGAUGGAUAGUCCUGAUAAGAAAGGCACUGAAACAAAGCCUCUGCAGAAUAAUCCUGUUCCUACACCAGAAAAUAAUGAAAAUACUGUAAGUGAGCGUACACCAUUCAGCUCCAGUAGCUCAAGCAAACAUAGCUCUCCCAUCGGUGCUGUUGCAGCAAGAGUGACUCCUUUCAACUACAAUCCAAGCCGCAGGAAGAGUAGUGUGGACAACAGCUCUGCUCGGCCAUCACAAAUACCAACACCCGUAAAUAACAGCACAAAGAAACGUGACUCCAAGUCCGAAAAUCCAGAUUCAAGUGGAACUCAGAGUCCUAAACGUCACUCUGGCUCUUACCUGGUAACUUCUGUUUAAGUGCAACAAAAAUAAAACUGAUGUAUUAUAUACAGCAGCUAUUUAGAAGUUUUGUUUCAAAUGAAACUUUAAAACAAUGGGGAUUGAUUUUUUUGUUGUUCUUACUUGUAAAUAGGUUUGAUUAUUAUUAGAGAGUCCUUGUUCUGGAAGCCAUAUCUAAUAGUGUACUUUGUCUCCACUGGUAAUAUUUUGGAGGAAUAUCUGAUGGACAGUUUGGAAUAAACUUGCUAACACAGUGUCUUUGUACAUUAUGUUUAACAUGUAUUUAAUUAGCAUCCCAUCCCAUAAUCCUUUAAAUAUUGCUUGCCAUUGAAAUCAUGUAACAUUGCAGAUAGAGUUGAUACAGUCAUACAGCUGCAUUGCUUUGUCAAUCAUUUUUUGAUUGCAGACUGGCUAAACUACAUCAGGGAAGAAUUGGUAUUAUUUAUGCAAAAAAGUAUACUCAGUAUUUGUGAGUCCAUCUAACCCAAUAAUUAAUCAUGUGGCUGUGAAAUUCACAGUAAUAUGGUUUCUGCUGAACAAGCUCUCCCAGCCUGCUUUUCUGCAUGAAUGGAACUGAUGGUUUAUUUUCUGAAGUAAUGAUUAACAUUUCUGUGGUCACAUAAUGUGCAUAGCUAGUUAUGGUGUAACUAUUUACACUUCCUUUGUGCUCUGGCAAAAAAAAUAAAAAAAAAAAAAGGAAAAAUGCGUAACUGUAAAACCUUGAACAAAAUUAUUUUACCUGAAUUAGAUUUUAUCUUAAAGUAGAUAGAAACUUUUUGCUAUGCUGUAACUUGUUGUAUAUUCUGGUAUUUGAGGUGAGAUGGCUGCUCUUUUAUUAAUGAGACAUGGGGGUGAUGUCUCAACAGAGACUAAAAUGAACAUUUCAGAAUAAAUUAUUACUGUAUGUAAA